AUUAGGUAUUGAUAAAAAUGGAACUAUUCCAAAGGGCGGAGAGCGUUCGGCUUAGAAAUCGAAAAGACAAGUACCUAAUAGCGAUGGAUGACAAAGAUAGUGUAACACAAAGACGCAAAGGAUCUAAUAAAGAUUCAAUUUGGAAUGUUGAAUUUGUUGAGGGAAGAGAAGACGCGUUUCGUCUCAAGAGUUGUUAUGGAAAAUAUCUAACCGCUACCAACACACCAUUCAUUCCAGGUGUUAUUGGAAAGAAAGUAAUCCAAGCAGAUCUUCCAGAAAAGAAUUACCCAUCCGUGGAAUGGGAAGCCGUAAGGGAUGGAUUUCAGGUACGUCUCAAAUCAUUUUGGGGAACAUUCCUUCAACCAAACGGAGGAUUACCACCAUGGAGAAAUUCAAUUACACACGAGGCUCCUAAUACUAAUAGAAAACACGAAAAAGUCUUGUGGGAUAUCGAGGUUGUGGAUAAACGUCCUAAUUUACAUCGUCGAACAAGGUCAGAUUCCACCUUUCAGAGAUUGGAUUUAACUUUUAUCAGAUCAAAUUCACAUUCUGUGGCAUUCACUCUUGUUUCCCCAAAGACAAAGGCCCAACUUGGAGAACCUCAAGAAAUUAGUUAAAUCAAAUAUAUAUGUAUGUUUAUAUGUUAUCUUCAUUAACUAAUUGUGCUUAUUGAGGAAUUCUUCAUAGUAUAGCAAUUUGUAGAUUGAGAUUCACAUAAUUCAUUA